UUUUUUUUUUAACAAUGAUCUUUCAAAUUCGACAUUAAUUUGACAGACUUUCUUCACACUCACAGUUGAACAGUAGGUGGCGACCGCGCUCAUGUUCGUUGCAAAUUUCAGUCGACGAAGAAGAAGUUGACGUCAGGCGGCGCAGAAGACGACGUACGGAGGGAAAUCCAAAACAGGGAAUUACACCAUUUUUUUUUAUCGCAAAAUGCAGAGGGCCACCCGUUUGAAGCGUGAACUCCAAAUGCUAAGCACCGAGCCCCCUCCCGGGAUAACCUGCUGGCAGACUGAGGAACGGAUAGACGACCUCCAGGCACAGAUAGUAGGUGGAAAUGGGACUCCAUAUGAAGGUGGACUCUUUUCCUUGGAGAUCAAGGUGCCAGAAAGGUAUCCAUUUGAGCCUCCCAAAAUACGGUUCUUAACUCCCAUUUACCACCCAAACAUUGACAACUCGGGACGGAUCUGCCUUGAUGCCCUCAAGCUCCCGCCAAAGGGUGCAUGGAGGCCAUCUCUUAACAUCUCUACUAUCCUGACAUCCAUUCAGCUGCUCAUGGCUGAACCAAACCCAGACGAUCCCCUCAUGGCUGACAUAUCAUCAGAGUUCAAAUACCACAAGCAGCAGUUCUUGGAGAAGGCCAGGAAGUGGACACAGGAACAUGCAGUUCAGAAAAACACAGGAGUCUUGGACAACAAAGAAAAUACUCCCAAUCAGAGAGCUGUAUCCCGAAAAAGAGAGGCUAUCAGUAUGCAGCAGGAUGCAGAUGACGCAGCAAAGAAAACAUGCAUGUAGUGGCUGUACUCACCUGUUGGAGCCUCAGGUUCCUCCUCUACAUAGCUAUUGUGUUUUAUAUAUGUGUUUGUACUUGAGUUGGAUUUUAAAGUUUCAUUUCAUUUUUCAUGUAUUCAUACCUUGUCUUAAUCCAGAAGUAUCUACAUAUUUGUGUAAAAUGUUUAUAUUUGUGUUUAAAUAUUAAAGUUUAUUUUGACUGUG